CCCCGCUCGGCUCCGGUCGGGCCGCGCUCGGCUAUUUCCGCCUCUUUGUUUUAAACUCCGGGCCGAGCCCUUUAAUUCCCCCCCCCUUUUUUUUUUUCCUUUUAAUUUUCCUGGGAAGGGGAAGAGGGACCGGUGCUCCCCCUCCGCCUCGCGCUUCCGACCCGUCUGCUCUCUGCUCUACGGUGGCGCCCGGGGGAGGACGGGCCGGGGAGCGGAGGGUCGGCGGCGGCGGGGGGAGCCCCCGCUGUAGCCCCGAGCGGCGGCCGCGCCCCCCCCCGUCAGGUCUCUGGAUGGCAGACUCUGAAAAGAAAUGCUGUUAUAAGAGUAAAAGUAGCUCCUUGAGAGUGCUACCUAAGUAACAAAAACAGAUGCUGAGACGUCUGAAGGAUACUGAGAAUUUUAUCAAGAGAGAGGUCUUCUCGUAUUCCUGGGAGGCCAGCAGUUAAAAAAAAAGCACCAAAGAUGCUAACAAGAAAGAUUAAGCUUUGGGACAUUAAUGCCCAUAUAACCUGUCGUCUGUGCAAUGGAUACCUGAUUGAUGCUACUACUGUAACAGAAUGCUUACAUACUUUCUGUAGAAGCUGCCUAGUGAAAUAUUUGGAGGAAAACAACACUUGUCCAACCUGUAGAAUUGUUAUACAUCAGAGCCACCCAUUACAGUAUAUUGGUCAUGACAGAACAAUGCAAGAUAUUGUUUACAAACUUGUACCAGGCCUCCAAGAAGCGGAAAUGAAAAAGCAAAGGGAGUUUUAUCACAAACUGGGCAUGGAAGUUCCAGGGGACAUCAAAGGGGAGACAUGUUCCACAAAACAGCACCUAGAUUCUCAUCGAAAUGGUGAAACUAAAGCAGAUGAAAACUUAAAUAAAGAAACUUCAGAGGAAAAACAGGAGGAGGAUAAUGAUUACCACCGAAGUGACGAACAGGUAAGCAUCUGCUUGGAGUGCAAUAGCAGCAAAUUGCGUGGAUUGAAACGAAAAUGGAUUCGUUGCUCAGCACAAGCAACAGUUUUGCAUCUAAAGAAGUUCAUUGCCAAAAAACUCAACCUUUCUUCUUUUAAUGAGCUGGACAUAUUAUGCAAUGAAGAGAUUCUUGGCAAAGACCACACGCUCAAGUUUGUAGUUGUUACUAGAUGGAGAUUUAAGAAAGCACCUCUACUGCUACAUUAUAGACCCAAAAUGGACUUGCUGUAAGAGAACUUUAUUGUCCUUCUGGACAGAGUUUUUUGCAGAGACUAUCAUCUGGCACCUUCUUAGUGCAUCACUAAUCACAUCACACAAACCAGCCGAAUAAUUUUGGAAGACGAGGGCUUUCAUAGUGGACUGUCCUGAAUAUUUCUUCUAUGGAUGUGUAACCUAGACUUCUGGGCAGAAAAUAUUUAUACUUUUUUUUUUUUUGUACGGAAGAAAGAAGUCUCAACUCAACAAGACACUACCAGCAUUAAGUUUACAGAUACUGAAAACACUUCACAGUUCCAUGUAGCUCAGCCUGAUUUGUCUCUUACAGUUACACAGAAAAAAAGUUAGAAUGUUGUGGGGUGAUUUAAAUAUGUUGCUUUUGACACCAAGUUGCAUUUAGUUACUUUUCGCAUUCUGAAUCUUUAAAAACUAUAUUUUUGCAAAGUGUUAUUGUCUUAUAUAGUAUGCCUGAUUGCAUUGGCUUUAUUCAAGUUAUUCUGUAGAGCAUUGAACAUACCUAAUGAUACAGUGACUGGUGAUAAUUUAUUAUGCUGCAUUGAAAACUUCGGAAAAUCUGGGAAACCAAUAAAUUUGUCAUUUUUGCCCAGUUAUUGCUUUCCCUCACCUUGUGUUUUAAUAAAGUUUUGAUACUUCUGUAUACGUGUUAAUUUGGUAAGAGUAGUAAAAAUAAUUUCAGUUGAUUUUAAUGUGCCCUGAUAUUUUGCUAUGGCAUAAAUUGCACCACUUAAUGACAAAUACUCACAAGUGCUAGAUUUGUGAAUUUCUUAAAAAGCAAAUGUUUCUUUUGUAGUUGUGGCUUGCAGAAAUCAGUUUUUAAUUUAGAGAGAAUUUGCUUUCACUAGCUAUUGAAAUAGUGGCUCUUGAACAACUUUGGGAGUAUUGCAGACUUUUCAUUUCACUGAUUAAAAAUUCCUUAGAUAUUAUAAGCAGCUUUAUAUUUCCUUUAGCUGUUUUCUGAUGAAACGACAGCAUUUUCCUUACUGCAAUUCCUAGCUCACUUGGGGUAGGGUGGAGGGGGGAGUCAGACAAGAUUAUUUUAGCACCUUUUGGCCUUAACUGAUAAUUUUGCUUGCAUCAGCCCUAAUGGAUGCAAGGUGAUACACACACAUGUAUAUAUGGGUACAUACAUUUAUAUACACGUAUAACUAUAUAUGUUCUAGAAAGCACCCUCAAUGGCACUUAGCAGGGUUCACUGCACUUUUUGUAGGGCUUUUUGAAAUAAUUGGCUUUUUAAAAACAGUAGUUGAAAGUGAUUUCUGCAAGCUGUAUACAGUGUGGCAUAUAUAGUAUGAUUGUGAGAAUAUUUGUCUGGCACAGGUGUCAAGUCACUGAAAGCAGUCUAUGCCAUAUUACUGGCAGCUGGAAAUAGUUAACCUAAUUUUGGAAGAGUUUUCCAGUCAGCUGAAAAUGCUAGUUGCUGUUCCUGUUGUUUAACCCUGUUAUUUUUUGAUAAAUUGUCUAUGGAUAAGAAAGCAAGUUUGCCUGUAACUGUCCUGCUUCCUUUGGCUGUGCUCCUUCUCCUCUUCUGCUAGAAAGUGUUACUCAUUAACUCAAAAGCUGAUCCUGCGAGAGAUUUAUCCAAGCAUUUUAAAUCUUCCUCUUCUUGAGUUUUCAAAGCACCACAUUUGUCAGCACAUGUCCCUCAAUUUCCUUCUUUGGAGCCUUCAGUCCUUCUUUCCCAGCUCCACUGCUGCAGAAGGGAUGCCCCAACUUUGUUUACCUUUAAGAGCAGAGUUCCUCGUUUUGAUUAUGGUCACAGACGUGAAUGGGAAGGAAAUCAAAAAGUACGUGAGCAGAGAAUGAAAGGGAGCCUAAUGAAUUGUGGAGAUGGAAAGGAGAGCCACACAAGGGCCAAAACACGCUGCUGUCCUUGCAGGUGGAAGUAUAAGAUAGCUGAUUUGAUUGUUUAGGUUACACAGAAACCCACGUCUGCGUUCUUGCGUGGGGUUUUGCGUGUGCGUGCGUGUGAGCCAUGGAAUCGAACUUGGCUCUGAUUUUGUCUUUUUGUGGACUCAACUAUGUGUAUUUUAGCUUUUUUUUCUGUCUUUUAACAUUACUUGAACUGGCAGAAAAGAACAAAUGAGUUCAUAGGUCUACCAUUUUUAUAAACUUUCCGUGAAACAGUGAAUGCAGGUAGUAUGGAUGUGUACGCAAGCUGACACACUGGGCCUUUCUGGUGCUGUUUAUGUGGUUGUUGCUGUUCUAGUGUAAAUAAGGGGCUAGCGUUGCCACUGAGGCACUGAGAAUAUGGACAGGACUGUAAGUGUCCCCCCUCUGUGCACCCAGAGUAUACACACAGUGACUGUACCUGAUGUAGACAUAAAAUUAAAGCUGCCAGACAGCAUUCUGAUUAACCACCUUAACCAGGAAAUAUAUAUACAUAAAAACAAGUGUGUAUAUAUUUGGUUUCCAUAUAUAUAUAUAUACACACGUGUGUAUAUACAUAUGGUUACUUAUAUAUACAUAUAUACACCUACAUAUAUAUAUGAGAUCUGUCUACCUCAGAGUGUGUGUAUUGCAGAAAUUUUUUUUAUGACUAGAUAUUGAUGUAGUGCUGUUUAAGUACAUUGGGAUUUUAUUACCUCCCUGUACUUUGUGCAACUGAGAAAUUAAUUACAAACACGCAAAUUCAGAAGCCUUUCAAAUCUAUCUCUUGCUGUAAUAACAGUAUAGAACUUAUAAGUUUAUAACCACCUUUAGAAUCACUUGAAUUUGUUAUGGUGCUAUCAGUAUAUAGAAAACUCUGUUUAUAACUAUAUGGAUACAUAAAUUCAAGCCAGCAUUAAUACCUACAGCUGGGUUUUUUGCUUGUAAUUGUGUGUAACUGCUUUUGGGAUGUAUUUAAUCUGAUAAAACCUCACAAGUAAAAAGAGAAAAAAAAAAGAAAACCAACAAAAAAUCCAAAGCCACUCAGUUAUUUUUCUAAAUCACAUGUGACAACAUCUUCACUACAAAAAUUCUUUCCCUCGGGAGUGAUGUGACUGUGUCUGGACCAUUUGUUAGCCUCAGUAAAAGACUCCAAUACAGAGGGAGGUUGUCUUUGGGUCAGAGUCUUGUUUCACUUGUGUGAUGCUUAAGGGACAGUUAAUUUUUAUCAAGAUUAUAUUGGGUAGAAAAAUUCUGAUACUGUUCAAAGUUGAACUAAAAUUUAGACUCAGACAUAGGUGUUUCUUAGUCCUGAUGAGAUCAUGGUGGUUUGUUUUGGCUUUUGUGAAGAUGCCAUUACUGUGAAGUAGUUUUUACAAUUUCUUACGCUGAAAAAUCAUUGCAGUAAAGGAGUAUCUUGUUGCAUUAUCCUCAGCAGCAAUGAGACCGAUGAAUCAUUCAUGCUCAGAGUCUCAUUAAAUAUAGUUUCAUUAAAAAAAUAAAGAAUUCAGAUAGAAUAUAUAAUAUUGAAUUUAAAUAAGAUUUGGAGGUUUAAAUUUUAACUUUAUAAGAUUAUUUAUUCUACUUUAAGCCUUCUGUCUUAUUUUGCCAUCCACGUAUUUUUUGUUUCGGUGUUCCAGCUUUAUUUACGGGCAUAUAAAAUGAAAUUGUAUAUGUUUUUACAAGCUUCUUCCUUUUACAUUGAGUUUGAGUAGCUUUCAUUUGUAUGUUUUUGUUUUGUAUGGAUAAAGAGCAUUACUUAUGCUUUUGUGCAAUAGGUUUGAAACAUGCAUUUAUUAGGCAUAUGUUUAAAUUGUAAAUGUAGCAUCUAUUUACCAUUACAUUUAAAAGGAAUGUAGACAGCUUUUCUCACUUGUUCAAAUGGGGUUUUAUUUGGGGCUAUUAUUUGGGGGUGGGUGGGUGUGUUUUCUGAUUUGUUCCUUUUUUUUUUAUUUUACGAGUGAAAUAGGGGAUUUAAAAAAUGUGUAAGUACAAGAACUAUCUGUCAGCAAUAUUUUAAAAUAAAUGAUCUUGCAAGAAACCUUAAUGUGAAUUGUGGAAGCAAUCGACAAGACUUGCAGCCUAUCUGAAAAUGUUUUGUGCCAUUGUUAGGUCUGGUAUAUUUGUGUACCAUCAAACCUGGGAAUAUUUAUUUUUAUUGGUUGUGCAAUAGCAUACACAACACUAUCACCUCAGGGGAUAUGGGACCAUAAAAAAUAUCAGACUACAACUAUAAUGGUGCUAUUUUCUUUUCCAGUAGGCUAUGAGCCUUUGAAAGCUUGUCUGGCUCUUACUGUCUUUAUAACAACAUAGUUAGUCCUAGGGGAUUUACUGAUCUUUUUUCUUCUGCUGGAUGAUAAAUAUAACUUGCGUAUUUUACAGCAUUCUGCGUCUUACAUUGAGCUAAAUAUAAUAGGAAAAAGCCAACCAGUCUGUACAUCAGUGAGAUGAAUCUUCAAUACUCAAAAUGCAUUUUGUACAGAAGGCUUUACUGAACAGAAAAAUCAAGUUUCUGUUUUUCCUCAGGUAAUCAGUUUGGAUGUUUCACUGGAAACAUUAAUGCAACCUACACUUCAGUUAAUCUGCCUAAAGUUGAUAACAGGGAAAGAAAUUGUCCCACACAAGAAAAUCUCUACGUAAGAUACAAUUAGCUGCAACUAAGGUCAUGAGAUCUGUUGUUGAAGUAAAAGCUGCAGAGAACAACAUUAAAGAACACGGAACAAUGUUUCGAUCCUUGCUUUAUUCAAAAAUUGCAAUCAGGAUAAAAACUAUCUAGGAACUUGGGUCUUGUGGCAAGUCAAUAGGUAAUGUUUUACUGUGAAGUUAUGGUUUAUUUAUGUACAAACUAACGGUAUGGUUCCGCUGUUUGAUCCGUGUUUGGUCAUACUUAGAGCUCUUUGGAAAUCUGUUGAGGCCACAACGACCUGUCCACAUCCUGGUGGUAGGGUAGGAACUAAAUGUCCAGUUCUGUGAACACUUACAUUGGUAACUUUACUAUUAAUGUGGAUGGUUCCACAGAAACCAGCGGGAUCAUUCAUGCAAAACGGAUAGGUAUGGCUGAAGGAAGGAGCUGUGAUUUUUGAAUGCUGAUAUUCCACUAUAUUUGUUAACUGUUAUUUGAAACUGAAAGUAUUGGUUUGAUGGAAUCUUGAAUUCAAGUGACCUGACUGGACAAAAGGAAAGUUUGUUCUUCUGCAACAAGAUUGUUUUACAGUUAAGGGACAAUAAGCCAGUGCAACCACUAAGCCUUUUUCCUCACAUGUGGCAUAAUAAAGAUUCUGGAACUGUCACAGUGUAAAACCAUAUUUUUGGCUUAGCUUCAUUUUAAAGUUUACAAUUUUUUAUGCUUUGUGUUACUGUGUAAUUUCUGUACUACUGGUGGCUAGUUUUGUCUGAAUAAGCCUUUUGGGGAUUAAUGCUUAAUGUUCUGAUUUUAUGAUAGUGAAGCUUGUAUCCAGUGUUUUGCCAAUGAAUAUUAUAUGCUUGUUAAUAAAAGCAGAGAAACUAACUGAAA